AUGUGCCACACCAGCUGCUCCACUGGCUGCUCCCCCUCAUGCUGUGGAGGCAGCCCCAGCCAAUCCACCUGCUGCCAGGCUGGUCCCUGCAGCCCCACCUGCUGUGUGUCCAGCCCCUGCCAGUCUGCCUGUUGUGUGCCUGUCUGCUGCAAACCAGCUCUGUGUGUGCCCGUGUGCUGCAAGCCUGUGGCCUGUGGGGUCCCCUCCUGCCAGGUCUCCUGCUGCCAGCCAGCCUCCUGCACCUCCCUGCUCUGUGGACCCUCCUGCCCUACCUCCUGCUGCUGA